AGAGCAGGGGGCUCGGUGUCGCGAAGCCCUUUGCAAAGCGCACCGGCUUGCACACACCGCAUUGCCACUCGACCGGGACCGCGACGCGCAGCGAGGAGCCGACGCCAUGAACCGCCGCCACCUGUGGAUGUGCCUGAUGCUGCUGGCGGCCAUGGCGCUCGGGCCGCAGGUGCAGGGGCGGCGAGGCCGCGCCAAGACCAGGACCCGGAGCAGGAUGCAGAUCGGGCUGCCCGUCACGGGCAAGUACCGCGACCCGGAGAGCGACCAGUACUACAACCACAACGGGGGAGCCAAGAUAAUCCAGGCGUCGCACUUCGAUUAUGAAUACACGCUGGGCCACAAGAUUUCGUUCGUGUGCGUGGCCAAGGGGACGCCCCGCCCGCAGAUCACCUGGUUCAAGGACGGCGUCGAGCUCUACGCCCACCUGUACCAGACGGUGCACGAGUACAUCCUCGACAAGGAACACAUCAAGUCUAAGCUAGAGAUCGAUCCAGCCACCCAGAUGGACGCAGGUGUCUACGAGUGUUCUGCCGACAACAUGUAUUCCAUUGACCGACGCAGUUUCAAAACUGAUUUCUCUAUUAUCUUUGACUGAGCUCCCGCAGAGGGCUUGUCUAUACAUCAUAUAUCGAUUGCCAAAAAUUUAUGUUUUAGAAAUUGCAACACAGAAAUUGUCAAGUGCUUGAGUGCAAUGUGUUGGUGUAUGAAAUGAAAUGCAUUAAAGAUCAAAUAAUACUAAGAA